AUGCGGGCCCUCUUAACCCUUCUCGAGGUGUUAUUAUUCGCCUCACAUGCUUUGGCUGACUUGGCCGAUGACAAGAAUAAUGAUUGUUCGAGCCCUCAAUUUCACAACGCGGCGCUCCAUGCCGCUGCAGACCCAUACGUCUUUUACGACUCUCAAAGUGGACAGUACUAUGCAUAUUCCUCCGAGGGCUCAGAUGAGGGCUUUCAUUUCGCUAUUUACGUCAGCCCAGACCUCUCGACGUGGCGCAAAUAUCCCGGCGGAGCUUUGAAGGCGUGCUAUGACGAUCAAAUGAACCGCCUAGAUGGCGGCCAGGCCUGUUGGGCUCAAGACUGGUACUGGGCUCCCGAGACUUACUACAACGAAGGGACGGGAUGGUACUUCUUCGUCUUCGCCGGCCGUCUGCGCAAGGAUCUCGCCAAAGACUACUUUCGAUAUUCCAAUUUUGAGGAGCCAUCGAAGCUGGGCAUAGCUGUUUCCCGCUCACCCACAGGGCCAUUCGUGGAGAUCAAAUCAGAGCCAAUCGGUUACUACCCAUUCGACCCCCAUUAUCAUGAUGUCAAUCUUAUUAUGGAUGAUAAGCAAAUGCUGCCGCCAAGCACCCAGGAAAAAGGAACGACGGCGCCGAAGGGGACUUACAUCCCUACAAUCGACCCUAACAUUUUCUUCGACAGAGACGGGCGUAUCUAUCUUUAUGCAUCACGAAACGCGUACCGCAAUUGGAACUGGGAUAAAAGUCUAGGGAAAUACAUCGAAGAAUCUAACAUCAUUGUUGUCGAGAUGGACCGAGCAUGGUGGGAUGACCCUUUUGCAAGGACAAUGCCAGAGAUAGCGUCUUCGCAAAUCAACAUUCAUGCCAAUGAUGCACCGGGCCUCCCAAGCAAUAUUACAGCUUACAAUGGUACCGGCGAGAUCGGGAACCCUCCGCGAAAAGACGGUUGGCAGACGGUCAUAUCCUACGGCGCAGACCCGCAGGAUUGGGAGAACUUUCAUGUUGAUGAUUACGUGAAGUUCAAUGGCACAAAGAAAGAUAGGCGUUGGUCAGAAGGCAGCACAAUCAUCACCCGCGACGGCCCCAAAGGCGAGCCGGUUUACCUGCUGACCUACAGCGCUAACAACUACGAAGCGUCAAACUACGGCGUGGGUUACGCGACCUCGAAAUCACCAUUGGGCCCAUUCCGCAAGUCUUCACAGAAUCCCGUGCUUUCUCAGGCACCUGACGGAGAAAUUCCGAUCUACUCUACGGGACACGGUAGCAUAGUGACGUCUCCUCCUGCCGACACAGAUGCCGCAUUCGGCGCGCAGGAUGUCACUCGCCAGGACUUGGAAGGUGCUGAGCUGUUUUAUGUACACCAUGCCCGCAACGAUACUAUGCAAGCCCGCUCCAUCUACACCACUCGAAUGGCUCUCAAUGAUUCAGAAAUCUACUUCGGUUCCAACACUGCCAUUAGCAUGAGUUUGACACCACUUGACCAGCCUCUUCCGAAAAACACUGGUCCUAUCGAUUUCAAUGUCGGCUGCUCUAGAAAUAGGAGCUCUAGUACUCAAUUUGUCGUCCGCGUCAGUUCACAGGCCGGUGCUCCAUUCGAUCUCACAGAGGAGACGAACAGGGUCGUUGCGCUUCCAGAUUUUGUAGAGGCAACCUCAACUGAGCUCGGCAACAACCAAGACAACGGAUAUGUCCUCCAAUUUAGUGGCGAAUCUGUGACAGGAUUGGCUUAUCAACGCCUUAGCGUCAAGGGGAAUUAG